AUGACAGAAGCAGGAAUCUUUAAUCUUUUUUUCUUUCAAGUAAUAAAGCUCUUACCUUUCCUUGAUCAUGCAAAAAUACACCACACUUACCCCUCUAUAAAUAAGGUCAAACCAUUUUAUGGAUUAAUUAUAAGCCUUGGAACCCUCAUCAAGUAUUCAAGAAAGAUGGCAAGUAGUUACAAUUCAUCAUCACAAUUUCAACAACCAUUGCCUAUACAUCUCUGCUUCUUCCUCAUGAUACUGCUUCUGUUAUUAACUUUGUCAUGGUACACAAAUUAUGAGCCUGUGCUAGAAAGCAUGUUCGACCAAGUGAAGCUAGUUCUCAUGGUGUCUCCUUUGCUGCUACUGAUGGCUGUUCGCUGGCUUCCCAAUGAUAGAAAUGGAGGGAUCGCCUACUUCAUUCCUUUGCCAGAACAAGGCUCUCUUCAUAAAGCUGGAGGAACUCCAUGGGGAGUUGGGUUCCUUCUUGUGUUUCUAUUUUUCAUGAUUUCUUACCAGUCUUCCUUUCAAGAACGUUGGUUUCCCCUUUUGAGCAGAUAGUACUAUAAAUCAUGUAUUGCGUAGACAUGAAGACCUGCAUGUGAGCUUGUGUUUCUUGAAAAAAAAUUCCCCUUCUUUCUGUAGUUGGAUUAGAGGAUAUAUCUGUUAUGCAGUAUGCACGUACAGUUCUCUUUGGAGCUUGCGGGUACGGUGAGGCUGCCAGAUUUUGCCAUGCGUCUGUUUAAUCAUCUAAUCUUUCUAGCAUGUACUGUAUAUUUCUGUGAUUAUUUUAUGAAUAUUACUGUUUGUACCUAUAUCUUAAUCAAAUUAUCAAAUUGCUCUCUGUUUCUA